GCGCCCGACACCGAGCAGGUCCUGGGGAGGAGGUGCCCCCGCUCCGCGCACCGAGCCUUUUUCCCGAGCAUUUGACACUGUGUACCAAAGAAAUGGUGAUGGAGAAGCCAAGUCCCCUGCUCGUAGGGCGGGAGUUCGUGAGACAGUACUACACUCUGCUAAAUAAAGCUCCUGACUUCUUGCACAGGUUUUAUGGCAGGAAUUCUUCUUACGUCCAUGGAGGACUGGAUGCCAGUGGGAAACCGCAAGAAGCAGUGUAUGGUCAAGCUGAGAUACACAAGAAAGUGAUGUCAUUGCAGUUCAGCGAAUGCCACACCAAGAUUCGCCAUGUGGAUGCUCAUGCUACUCUAAGUGAUGGGGUGGUUGUGCAAGUAAUGGGAGAGCUGUCAAACAACGGGCAGCCGAUGAGGAAGUUCAUGCAGACUUUUGUGCUUGCUCCAGAAGGUUCUGUUCCAAACAAGUUCUAUGUCCAUAAUGAUAUCUUCAGAUAUGAAGAUGAAGUAUUUGGGGAUUCAGAAGGAGAGCUUGAUGAAGAGUCUGAGGAAGAGGUGGAAGAGGAGCAGGAGGAAAGACAACCAUCACCUGAACCUGUGCAAGAGAAUGCAAGCAGUACUUACUAUGAAAACCAUCCUGUAACCAAUGGGAUAGAGGAGGCGCUAGAAGAAUCGUCUCAUGAACCUGAGCCUGAAUUGGAAUCUGAAACGAAAACCGAAGAGCUGAAAGCUGAAGCAGAAGAAAAGACCCUUGAAGAGCUAGAAGAGAAGUCUCCAUCUCCACCUCCUGUAGAACCUGUUUCUCUACCACAAGAACCACCAAAGGCUUUCUCUUGGGCUUCAGUGACCAGUAAAAACCUGCCUCCUAGUGGUACUGUUUCUUCCUCUGGAAUUCCACCCCAUGUUAAAGCACCAGUCUCACAGCCAAGAGUUGAAACUAAACCUGAAGCUCAGUCUCAACCUCCUCGUGUACGUGAACAGCGUCCCAGGGAAAGACCGGGUUUUCCACCCCGAGGACCUCGACCAGGGAGAGGAGACAUGGAACAGAAUGAGUCGGAUAAUCGUCGAAUAAUUCGCUAUCCAGACAGCCACCAGCUCUUUGUUGGGAACUUGCCGCACGAUAUUGAUGAGAGUGAACUAAAAGAGUUCUUCAUGAGCUUUGGAAAUGUGGUAGAACUUCGCAUAAACACUAAAGGAGUGGGAGGAAAACUGCCUAAUUUUGGUUUUGUGGUAUUUGACGAUUCUGAGCCGGUCCAGCGAAUUUUAGUUGCAAAAUGCUGUGGUGUUUUGCUGCCACCUAAUUCAUGUGUAUGGCAAAUGGCACUGGGAAUAAUCUCGACAACAAAAACCGGAGUAUUAAAAAGAGCUACUGAGCCAUUCUGCAUUCUGGCUUGCUUCUUGUUUAAGUGACGUGAACAACCAUUGGAACGUCAUCCAGAGAAGUUUACAUGGUGAUAGCUCACCUGCUGUACUGUGGACUCUUACGUGUUCUCGACCCUCUCGAUAGUAAAUGUACCUCUUGGAGCAAAGGAAGGGAUUCACUGACCAUUACUGUUAGUUGCUGAUUUGUGGAUGGUGGGAGUAUUUUGUCAUUAUGGUUCUAUUUCAACAAGCUUGGCUGACCAUCUUGGCUUUAGUAGGUAUACAAGACAGUGGAUUACCAUCUUUAUUGCUGUAACGUGUCAAGCAUUAUAUGCUAGUAGAUUCUAGUUUAAUUGUUGCAGGUGGAAAGUAUUUUUACUUUUAAGUUUCCAUUCUGAAUGUGUUUUGACUAAACAUACCAAUAAACUACUGAU